CUCCCGAAAAGUGGACUUUGGGGACUUUAAAUAUUAAUGCGCAGCUGUGAGCCGAAGCCGAGCGUCAGACACCGAGGAUGCGGGCGAGUGUGCAGCUCCAGUGGCGUCCGGGACAAAGGGUUACGUGUGGGAAUACAGCCGUCACCGCCAAGAGCGUUUGAGCUGACCGGCGGCAUUUUGUGGUCCGUGGUGGGAGGAACGAAUUUGGCCCACAAACACACGACGUCUGACCUGGAGGUGCUCAGCGCCGACACUAGCGAAGCGGCGUCGCCAAACCAUGGUGCUGCCUCGCAGGCCACAAGCCCCGAGAAUAUGCAAUGCGUAACGGUCACCAUUCUCCGAGGAAAGGAUGGCUACGGAUUCACCAUCUGCUCUGACUCCCCCGUGCGAGUCCAGGCUGUUGACCCAGGCGGUCCGGCGGACCGGGCAGGGUUGCGCCAGCUGGACACGGUGCUGCAGCUGAACGGGCAGCAGGUGGAGCGGUGGAAAUGCAUUGACCUGGCGCAUGCCAUCAGAAACAGUCACAGUGAAAUCACGGUGGUGGUUUGGCGCACAGCGCUGGCGGCCAAACCGGCCUUCGAGGGCCUCAUCCAUAGGCCGUCCUACAAGUCCUCGGGCCAUGAGCCCACUUCACCCCCCAGCCAAAGGUGGGACAAGACUCUGCCUGUGCCCCCGCUCCCAGGCCAGCACCGGCAAAGCCGCCGCAUGCCGGCAAAUGGCUCGGAGGGCAGAGGCGGCCUGUGGGGUUCCUGGCGGGAGAGGAGGAACGAGCCGGAUGACAAGGACAGGUCACAGACCCUGAAGGGUGCCCGAGUGACCUCGCCACCGGGGGACAAGAAUUACAUCAUCCUGGCCCCCAUCAACCCCGGGAGCCAGAUUCUGCGGCCUGUGUAUCAGGACCGGAUCAGCACCCUGGGGCGGAUGUAUCAGACGUAUCAAACCAGCAGCCACCAGCAGGGCGGCGCUACCCAUGAGAGCCCCGGGUUCCCGGGCAGGACGACAUUCCUGCGGCGGUCGACCGGCAGCAAGACGUCCAGGACGCUGCCCACCCCCGCAGGCCACCAACAGAACUGCAACUACGCCAACUACCAGAACUGCACCGUCGUCCACUCUCACCUGCCCCAUGGCAGCUACAGCACUUACGUCAAGCUGACACCCAAGAUACUCAUCUUUCCCAUUUUCGUCCAGCCCCUGGACCUGUGCAACCCGGCGCGGACUCUGCUGGUGACUGAGGAGAUGAUUUUACAUGAGAGCAAACAUCUGUCCAUCAAGGUGACAGUGUUCAUCUACACUGACUUGAUGCUGGUCACCAGGGAGGAUGAGCCCGGCCGCUGUAAUGUGCUGCAGAACCCCCUCUUCCUCAAGCACCUCCGGCUGCGCGAGGGUGAGUGGGCCUGCCGCCCAGCUCCGCAAUGCUGCCGCCACAUUCUGGAAUGUUCCGCAGCCGCCAUGGAAUAUGUGUCGAUGAGUGCAGGGUUAUGCAGGUUUCAGUGACUCUGAGUGUAAAAUCAGUUAAUAUCG